UGUGGCGCUCGCGGCGCGGCAGCCUCCAACCCUUCAACUGCCGGAAAGUUCAAAUUUAACGUCUAUUGAAUGUUGCUGAUUGUUCAGCAGUUGUCAUUUUAUUCAGUGUAAGAAAUUCUAUUGGAAGAAUAAGUAUGCCUCAAGAACUGCAUGUGUUGAGAUGUUACUCAUGCCAGACGUUUCAGGUUCAAAUAGUUAAGAAAGUUCCGAAAUGGCAGUGUAAAGUUUGUAACGAGAAGCAAUCUGUUCUAAAGGUGUAUGCCAAAGGAAGUGGCAAAGAUUGUCGUCAAUAUGUUCAGGACUUGAACAUGCAACAGGGACUUCUGGCUGCAGAGCAUAGCUCUGAAAACACCAAUGAUCCUCAAGAUGGUGGAACUUAUCCAGAAGAAUAUCAAGAAUUUCCCAGGAACAAUGACCAGCCUAGCAAAUGGUCUGACUACCUGGAAGAUAAAAAUAACGAGUGUCAGCCUUCUUUCAAUGAUGACGUUAUUGAAAAUGAUAAUUCAGGGCACCAUGAAAUGUCCUCUUCCUUGAGAGAGUCAACACUUAAUCCCAGAGUUAGCAAAUGGAAAAAUUAUCUUGAAGAUGAAAAUGAAGAAGGAGAAGAAGAAGAAGGUGUUUAUGAUUCUGACCUCAAACAAUAUAAUCUUGAUCUUGGACAGUUCAACCACCCUUCUAGGAGUAAGAAGAGAAAAAUUAAUCAGUGUGAAGGUUUUACUCAACCUGUUGAAGAUUUCCAGCCGACUUCUGCCCUUCUAAAUUCUGCACUUCCUGUAAAUGAUUCUAAAAAGUCAGCAGUCAGAAAAUCGUUUGAUGUUGAGGAGAAUUCCCAGGCAGUAACAUUGUUACAGUCCUCUAAAAGUAGGACUUCUAAAUGGUCUCAGUUCAUUGAUAGUGAUCAAAUGACCAGUAGUCCCCUUAUCAACUGCCGUGAUACACAACCAUUUCCUAAUGGAGGAGAAAAAGUAAGUACAUCCCUUAAACAAGCUGCAGCUUUGAGUCAAAAGACCAAUGAAACCACCAGCAUGGCACCUCACCAAAUUACAAUGCAAAACAAAUCAACUUCUGUAUCCAAAAGACCCUUCUGUACUUUAUCGGAUGAUGAUAAUUUAGAUGCUCUUCUUGACUUUUAACUCGUUUGCACUUUUAGUCAUUCCCAAUAUUUUUUUUGAAAAAAAUCUCUUGUUUAUUUAUUUAUUUUCAUCAAUUGUAUUUCCUAUGUAUUUGUGAGAAUAUUAAUAUUUUUAUUUGGCAAUAAAUGUCUAAUUUAAAAAUA